CUUGAAACACCUGACUGCCGCCUCGCAGUGUAGCAUGGACUCGUGUGGCGCACACUUCUUUUAAAAGUGGUAGCACGCGCGGUUUCGAAUAUUUGCUUUUAUUUUCGGCGUAAUCAAUUACGUAUACGCGAGUGACAGUUGACGAGUGUGUAACGUCUGCCGUUUGACAAUCUUUCAUGUAAUAUGAAUCGAGAGAACGAAGAGAAUUCGCGAAAUUUCACCGACCUAGAGUUUCUCAUCCGUGAACGGUGCACUCGUUUCGUACGCGGGGUUCUGUCCUAUGCGCAGUAAUUAUGACAAUUCGUUCGAUCUGCGCACGUAUCGAAUUUAUGGCGUCAAAGGGACAACUUCGCGUUGUAUCGGCAAAUAAAAUUUAAACGCGGAAAAAUAAUGCGUGAAUCGCAAUCGAAAUAGUUUGUGCGAAUUUUAUAACCGUGUUUUGUCCUAUUAUCAUCGCAUUUAUCGCGUUUUUAAUAAUAUGCGAGGAUUAGCAUUCGGUACGCGAUUGCGAUAUUCGAACUUCCCGCUUCGAGCGUUCGAUAUUUUCGAGCUUUCCUCAUCGAAAUUCCGAUUCUCGCGGUUUGCGAAAAUGUGAUCGAAUGGCGUGUCCCGCGUCGUGCGACGGAUUUUUCGUGGCCGGAAAACGCAUAUUUUCGUGAUCAAAAUGACGGUGAACCGAUCGGUGGUAACAAUGGUGUUAAUAUUAGUGACUUCCGUGAUUGUGUUAGUGCAUAUGAAGGAUGUGACGACACUGGAGUACGACGAUCUUCUUUUGGCAAACGAGACCAACGCCCGGCAUCGCGUCCAUACAGAGUCCUCGAUCGGCGAUCAUCGUCGGAUGUCCCCGCAGGCCGAGCCACCGUCGUCCAAGGCGAAGAGGGAGCAAGCGCUGCGCAACAUCCUCGCGGCGAGGAGGCGGCAGAUCUUGAGCCAGCGGCCGAUCGAGUCUCGAUCGAAUCUGAACCGUACGCCGAGACCGUUGGGGUCGGCGAAAGACGCCGACGUUCUCGAGGCCCAGGAGACGAGGCACGGGAUGUACGUGACCGCGGCUGCGGGCAAACCGGGAGACGAAGAAACGGGCAGAAUCGAGGCAACGUCGAACAGAGACGUGGACAUCGAGUUCGUGUCGAAGGACGAAGAGGAAGAAGAGGAGGAAGACUCGUUGUCCUAUCCACCUUCGUCCACCACGUUCUCGUCCCUCGGCCAAAAAUCGUCGGACACGGAGGCACGUGUCAGAAAGAACACGGUCUCUAUGCCCGAGUCGCUCUACAACUACUUCAGGCCUGUGGAGAGCAACAUACCGGUCGAGGACAUGUCGCAAUUCCUCUAUUUCGGCCAGAAGAUUCAACCGGAGAAUGCCACGGUUCAUAACAGUAACAAUUCGGUGGAGUCGACGCCCACGGCGGCAACCGCCUCCAGAAGAAGGUAUUCGAUGAAGAGAAAUUUCGGCACGACGACACCGAUCGCCAAGCUCGAGGAGAUGGUCAACGAGGAGAUGAACAUCGCGGUGGAACGACAGACGGUGGAGAAGAACAAGGUGUCGAGGAUGAAGAACGCGUUCAGAAGCCCGGAGAACGGGGUCUACUACAGGAAGGCGACGAACGUCGCCUCGAACGUUAUUGGAAACGGUACCGGUAGAUCGGACCCUGUCGCGGACAAGUUUCGCGACGAUAACCAGCCGCGGCGCGAGAGGGGAGGAAGCGCUGCCCACGUGCUUGAAACGAGGAAUGCGACCGACUCGACCCAGAUACCGACCGGCCAGAUACCCGUUUCCGCGUACGAGGAAGAAAGUGAAAUCGAGCCGAAAGAUCGUCCCACGGACGCCUCGAGCAAACCCGCGUCCCCGAACGGCGUGGAGAGCGCGAAACCGUCCAAAGCUUAUCCUCGAAAGAGGAAGAACAACGACGUCCCAACGUCCAUCCCGACGUCUACCUAUCGUCUCGAGGAGGACGCGGGAUCCUCGAAUCCACCUCGAGAGUCCACCUCGUUGGACGGGGAGAAGGAAAAGCCUCGAGGGACGAUCGACGACGAAACGAGCCAUCGACGAUCGACCCUAGCUUCCCGCGAGAGCAACAACAUCGAGACGUCGACGUCGAGGGAGAAGCUCGGCCGAGCCUCGACCGAGCCGUGGACGUCGCCGGAAACGUCCACCCUCCGCAUCGUGGUGACGGAAGGAAGGCUGGACGAGUAUACCGUUAAACCGGCCGAUUCCACGGAGGAGCGGGGAAGCCUCGACGUUCCCAAUCCUCCCGCCGAAUCGAGGGGAGGGAUCGAGGCGCGUUGGAAGGGGCGAGACGAAGGUGCGUGGACGCGGGAUCGAGAGGAACAGCAGCAGCACCAGCAGCAGCAACAGCACGUGUACGCUUACACGAUAACGAACGUGACGCGGCUAUUGCGCAACUACACCGGACCUGGGUUAAGCAGAAGGGAGGAAGAAGGAGAGGCGAGCACAGGUACGAGCGAGAUAAGGAGCGGGCCGCGGCGGCUACAGCCGCAGGAGCAGCGAGAGCCAGAGCCGCGGCCGCCACCGCCGCCUCUUCUGCCUCCUCGUGGCGGCGGCGCGGCGGGUAUAGUAGAGGCAGGGCGAGCACCGGCGGAACUCAGUGCCGGCACGACCGUCGAAGCAGCCGCAGCCGGUGGCGAAGCUUUGGCUCAGUUGGUGGGGGAACGGCAGAGGAAAGCGGUGGUCGCAGUCGGUGCGCACCACCAGUCGCAGCGCGCGGCCAACAGAGGAGCGCAGUCGCAGCCGACCGGCGUAAACAAGAGCGGGCCGAGGUCGGGCAAGACCGCGGAAGCGUAUCAAUCGAGGGGCGCCGUGCGUUGGAAUCCGAAGCCGAGGAGCGCGGAGAUCGAGGGCCCGAACGACAGAGGUCGUUUUCUCAGGAAGUCGGCCAGCGCCGUGUUGAAUCAGAGGGCUGGCCCCGAGGGGGAGGAGGACGGGGCAGCGGCGGGGAAGAGGAGGAGGUUGACAAAUGGCCAGAGCCAGAGGAGGAUCAAAGGGACGACGACGACGACGAGGAACGUAGGAGGCGAGGAUUCGGCGAAGAAGAGCGGUUCCACGGCCGGGGAGGGGAGGAAUUCGAGGCUGGAGGAGGAUGCGACGAGGAGGAUCGUGAACGGGACACGUGGAGAGGGCACGAUUUUGGAAAACGCGACGGUGGACACGAGCGGUGGUGACGCGAUGCAGCGAGGGAAAGUAUCGUUCGCUCCCUCCCUCCUGGAGGAGGAGGAAACGGUCGAUCUCGAGUCGAUCGGCGGUGGUGGUGGUGGUGGUGGUCUUCCUCCGACAACGGUGAACGCGACCGCGGACGGAAGCGGCGGUGGCAAGGUGACGGAAGCGGUGACCGCGAGCGCGUUCGACACCAAAGACGAGAGCGGGCGGGCGAGCGAAAAGGAAAGCGGUAUCGGCGCGGACAAUGGUGCAGGGAACGAUUGGCCGACCGUGACAAUGACCGCGGCGGCCGACGACGAAACGAUCGCGCCCAAACAGACUACCACGCCGUUGCCGGCCCCCGUUUUCCCCGUUACGCCUAGAAUAAUCGCGAAAGCGGGCCGAGACCCGAUCGAGACUUUCACCUCGAACCCGACCGAGGCCCCGACCCGAGUCACGGAUACCAAAACGGUCGAUUCUCCCGUCGUCGAUACGGGAAAAGCGGCGCACGAGUCCAAGGAUCGCGGGAUCACGACCGUGGCCACGACCGGUGCAACCUCGUCCACCACGGAAGCGUCGAUCACCACCACCACCAUCACCACCACCACCACGUCCUCGCCCACCGUGCAAAUAGAGAUCUCCACGAUUCCCCAGGAUCGUGAAAGCGCGACGACCACCGUCGAUUCGAGGAGACCUUUCGAGGCUCCUUCUCCUUCGAUCUUGGCUGAUUCGGAUUUGGAGUCCGGUGGCGGGCGAGGGUCCGCCGAGAGGUCACCGGAAGUGAGGGGGAGGAAUCUGUCCGACAAGUCGCAGGACGCGUCCACCGACAAGGACGACGUGCUACCCAUAAUGCAUCUGUACAACACAUCGGACAUCUUCAACAACACAGGCCCGGUGAACUCGUUCUCCCGGGGGACCGAGCGACGAGUGGAGCAGCCGUCGAAGCAGUCCUCCUCCGAACCUUCGAGAACGAGCGAGAGAAGCGACGCGACCACCCCGAGGAGCGCGGAGAAUUGGACGCGCGGCCCGGAAACGAGGAGGCACGAGGAGGUUCCGGCGACUGGACCGGGCAGAGGAGGAUCGUCUAUGGGCAAUCGUACGAGGCACAGGAGCACCGUGUAUCAUCAUCCGAUUUUGCCCGAGUACAACACGUCGGUGUUGUAUCCGACGAGCGAGUUGAACAGGACGUUGUUCGAGACCGGGCUGAUUUCGGUCAGUCCAAGGGAGUCGGUGAAUAUCAGUGAAGUGAUAUCGAAGAGACACGACGGGGACGCGAUCGCGUCCCAGGAGACGGUCGCCGUGGUCAGCUACAUCCUCGCGACGUUGGUCGUGUUUCCGAUCGCCGUCGGCGUUGGCCUAAUUCUCAGAAGACUGAUACUUAGGAAUCGUAAGGUGCUGGAGGAAUCGGAUACGUCGUCGGAAAUAAGUUGCAGGAAGGAUGCUUUGAAUCUCGAGAAUGGCGAUUUCAAAACGUCCAUCGAGAAAGCGAUCACGAAACUUCCCAGGAUACAACACUUGUGUCACGAAGCGGAGAAACCACCGCCCCCUUCGUCUCAAGAAUCCAGAUGGGAGUUUCCUAGAGAUAAGCUUAGGUUACAGACGGUCCUCGGCCAAGGAAACUUCGGCCAGGUGUGGAAGGCUGAGGCGGAUGAUUUGACAGGUCAUCAAGGGACGACCCGGUUGGUGGCCGUGAAAACGGUCAAAGAGGGUGCUUCCGAACGUGAGAAGGAGGAUCUGGUUCGAGAGCUGGAAAUCAUGCAACAGCUUGGCAGCCAUCCGAACGUCGUCACUCUUCUGGGUUGCUGUACGGAGCAAGAGCCUCAUUAUCUCAUACUCGAGUACGUGAUGUACGGGAAAUUGCUGGCCUAUCUUCGGGAUCAUCGCACAAGGCAGGAUUUCUACAAUUUCAGCGAGGACUCGGCGGCCCUCACCUCCAGGGAUCUCACUGUAUUUGGGUAUUGUGUGGCGAGAGGGAUGGAGUAUCUUGCGUCGAAAAAGGUGAGAUUGCGACUUCGAUAACUCUUUUCUUUUUUUUUUUUUCGUAAUAUGCGGACCAAAUCUCGAGGCUGUUGUUGUUUUAAGAGUUAAUUUAGAUCGUUUCGUUUUUUUCGAAAAUAUUACACUCCUUUUAUUUCGGUAUCGGAAUUGGAAAAUUGGGAAACUUUAUGAAAAUCUCGAUUCUCGUUUUUAAUAUACGAUGAUAUACGUACGUUAGCUUGGUUAAUUUAUUCGUUUUUAAUGGUAUUAAUAAACGCGAGGCGUUCGUAUUUUCAGUAUCGUUGAGAUAUUAAAAGUACGUGGCCCCGUUUAAAUUAUUACCUCCCCCUAUUUGUAUUUCCAUUACGCUUAUCCCCUUUCUGGGGGCCGAAAAUUUAUUAUGACCUUGUAUGCUCGCGUGUUCGAAGGGUCUUAGCGCCGGAACCAAAACGAUACAGCGGCAGUCUACUUACUGUGUAACAUUAUAUCGAAGUAUAUUGCUCCCGAUGUUGUUACUUCAUGCCGUGUUGAUCUUGUUUUUCGUUUUUCUUUUUUUUCUUUUUCGAUAUUU